AUGCAGUCAAGUAAACCGACAAAAAUAAAUGAAACAGUGGACAUCGACAAUCUAAGAAAUGAAAUCGCGAAAAUUGCGCAAAAGUGCGAUGAAUCUCAUCAAAAAAUCGAUAUUUUAACUCAUCAAGAACAAGGAUUAAAAAAACACAAAAUUGAAAUGGAUUUAAAUGCUAAUUUAUUGAAACAGGAAAUAGUUUUUAAACGAGGAAUUAUUGAUCGUAUUCAAAUAGUUAUUAUGUCGCAAAAAAAUAAUAUAAAAAGUCUCCAGUCAUGCAUUCAGUUGAAUCAAAUGCGAAAAGUAGAUUUAGAACGAAAAUUGAAUGUUUUGAUUGAGCAGAAUCGAUUAACGAAAUUUAACAAGGACAGUCGCUAUCAGGAUGUAUUAGAACGCCUGAAACAAAUUUCUGCUCGCCUACAAAAUUCACCUUGGGAUAAAAACCGACUUAACAUGCUUAACGAUCAAUUUCGAAGUUUGCAAUUGGAGAAAAAUGAUAUUGUAGCAAAAAUAACUUCUAUAAAAGAGACAAUUGAAAGAUCUGAAAAAGCUCCAUUCAAAGAGACUUGUGUUUUAUUGGCUGCAUAUGCACUAAGAAAACGUAAACUUUUAUCACUGCUCGCUAAAGAUCUCACGGAAAUUGCAAAGCUAAAAAGUUCUCAGAAUGAUUUGUUCGAUUUAUCUGUUUCAUCACAGAGUAUUGAUCAAGCUUUCAAUCAGCUUUCGUCGAAUUCUGAAUUCCUGCAAUAUUCUUCUUUAAAUCCUCCACAGAAUCCAAAUACCGAAUUGCCGGAAACCAGUUCUGGGCCAUCUACGGUUUCAGAAACUAUUAAUGUUGAUUUAUUUACCACAGAAAUACCAAUCUCAAAGCAAAAAAAGGAAAGCGUUAUUUCUAAAUCUGAUGUGGAACAAACCGAUGCAGCAAUCAAUCUCAUAGUCAUCGAUGAACAGGAAAUUGUGCCAUGUCAAAACAACAAUGAAGCUGUAAACGAAUCAAUGAAAAAUAUUGAAGACGCCCAUCAAAUACAAGAUGAAUGCAUUGCUGACAUAUCCCAAAUAUGCGAAAUGGACGAAAUAGAUCGAGGAGAAGAAGAAGACGAAGUGUUUAAUCUUUCUAGUGAUCAAAAGGCAAUAAAUAAGACUCAUAACAAUGCUAUAAUGAAAACGGAUGCGGCAAUGCAGAAAACGAAUGACCAAGAGAUGGCGCCAGAAGAAGUGAAAUGCAGUUUGCGUGGAACAGAACCAUUUCAGUUCAAUUUUGAUGGUGCCGGUGGCAAUCAUUCUCCAGUCAAUUAUUUUAAAACUAUGGGUUCAAAUUUAUCACCAUCCUCAUUUGAUAUGUCCGCAUUGAAUCUGAAUUCAAAUGGCGGCCUUGAUGUUUCCGUUCUACUUAACCUGUCUGCUGCGAUUAAUGGGGCGAACGAUGAUGUAAAUGAAGCAGAUUUCCUAGCACUGUUCGAUUGCAAUUCGUCUGAAUUGAACUCAAAAGCUCAAGAUAUCCCUGCAACUUUUUCCUUUAACUUGGAUGGUGAUGGUGAUAAAGAAAUAAACGAAAAAAGCACUAAAAAUGAACCUUUCAAUUUUUUUAAUUUUGAUUAA